ACAAAAUUUGCGCCGAACAGAUCGAUCGUCGAAUGAUCGCAAACAAUUCGCAAGUCGAACAAAGAAUUUUUUUCUAAUAAAAGUUUGUGCGACAGUAAUAAUUGGAAGUGUGAAUCGCAGCCAGUGAAUGUUUUUUUUUUGCAAAACAGUAUCAAGAAAUUUGAAUAAAAAGUCGCCAACAACGCAAAAAGUGUCAAAACAAUUAUUUGCUGUGAUAAUCAAUUGAUUCAACCUUGCGGAUUUUUGAAAAACCAAAACCAAAUAUUUGAAAUAUAAAUCAUAAACAUAUGAACUGAAACAAGGAGUGUUUGCAUUACAACAAAUUUUGUUGAAUAUUGUAAGGUGUGCCGUAGUUUUCUUGAAUCAGUUACAAGGACAUACCAUAAAUCGUUUUUGAGUGUCUUCGAAAUUUGAAUAUUUGGAAUAAAAACUAAUAAAAGCAGCAAUGGCUAAAUUCUGCAUCAUCGCUUUCUGCAUUCUGGCGCCGCUGGCCUGCCUCAAUCUUGGCGUUCAAGCACAGGAAGGCGUCAACAAUUACCUGGACGUAGAGACGCCGAACUUUUUCCAAUACAACUCGCCACUGCGACGACCAGAAAGUCUGCGCUCGCCACAGUACUUUGAUUUCCUCAGCACACUGUAUCGUCGUGAUGCCGCCAAAGCGGAUCUAUUCCGUCCGUACGUGAGAUCACGUCGUGCCGCAGCCGAUGCGCCGCUCACUGUGCCUUUGGAUGUGUCGCUUUCGCCGGUGGCUGCCGUUGCAGCGUCUGGCGCUGCGCCACUCGAUGAGCGUCCACGUCGUGCCAUUGUCUUCCGUCCGCUAUUCGUCUACAAACAGCAACAGAUUCGCCGGGAGGAGCUGUCGAAACAUCGCCGUCGUGUGUGAAGUGAUUGCGGCAAACAGAACAGGGUCAGCGACCGGUUCUUGGUUGCAUGCAUCUGAAAUACACUGCGAUCUUAUUAUAUUAUUAUGUUUUUUUUGUACUCGUAUUUUGUAUAUUUAUGUAAUUACACUUUGUUGUUGACAAUGGCGCUUGCCUAUUGUUGCAUUCACUACGCACCGACUGGCGUUCCCCAUUUAUUCUUUAUCGCUUAACAUGAAUAUAACUCUCCCUUUCACCAUUUUCCGCUCUGCACAUCUUGUCGCCUUAAUUUAAAGAAAUCAAAAAACCUAGAAUAAGCGAGAACUUCGUCACUAAACAUUGGCCAUCGAAAACUUCAAAAACUCUUUUUUCUGUACAUAAUUAUCUACAUGUGUCCUUACAUAUGUACUUAGCAAAUUAGAAUUAACCUUUUAUUGUCUAAGUAUGUCGAAAUUAAAAAUUUUACAAUCCCCUUAUAAUUGAGUGCAGCAUACUUUUAGGGGUGUGUAUUUGUUACUAGCAAACGAAACGAGCGUAUUUUUAAGGCUUGUUGAGUUGUAAGCUAAAAA